AUGGGCACCCGCGAAGCAUUAUUGACUUUCGACGGACGCGGUGACCCCGUCUACGGAUGCAAUCAAUUCUUUAUUUGUCCGUUUCCGCUCGCUGGGACCGACACCAGACAACGUCGGUUCACCUCUCAAAUGCGCAAGGUGCGGGAAGCCGUCAAAUGGAGUUUUGGUCGGCUCAAGAUCCUCUUGCCGUUCGUCUUUGACUCCAAGAAGAUGUAG